GACAGCCGUCUACAACGUUAGCGCGGUCUUCUGGCUAGACCACGAUGGGAAUUGACAAUGCCUCCUAGGAGACAAUCUGUUCGACAGACACAUGCGGUCACUGCUCAAUAUGACCCUGAAGUGAUCGCGAAGCGAACGAAACGACAUCUUGACGAACUUGAAAGGUCAAAUUAUUCGGAGCCUUCUGGCCUUCUUGGUUUCAUUCAGGAUGAGGAUGAAGACAAGGCUGCCGGUCGCUCCGCAAAGAGUCGUGCUCGUCAGACAAUAUCCGACAAACGUAUCCAAGAGGGUGCUAAGAAGAAGAAAUCUAGCAUGAACGUCCGCACAGCCGUUCUGUACAAGAAGACCUUUUCACAACUGCUUGAUGAAUCUGGGAUAUCUGGUCUUCCCACCGACACCCCUAGCUACCUCACUGCUAUUUCUCCACCAUCUCGUGAGCCUCCCAGAAUGCUUUGUUCUGUGUGCGGAUAUUUGGGGAAGUAUCGUUGUCGGCGAUGUGGAAUGGCCUACUGUGAUAGGAACUGCGAAGCAACACAUGAAGAGACUCGGUGCGAAAGACGAGUAGUAUAAGUUACAAUAUAUUAUCUGCCAUUGGUUUCACUCUAUGCACCUACCAUGAGGAUACAAGUCGAAUUCGGAAUAGACGUUCUUGUACAGCAGGCGUGGGAAAGUCAUGCUGUCAGAUGGCCUGACUCGUUUUCCUGACUCCUGCAUCCAGCGUCCAACCAUUUUUCACCUGUAUCUCAUCUCCUCGUACCUCCUGUCCCCUUUAUUCUCCUAAAAUUCGACGUCUCCUUGCUUUG